GAUUCAGGUAAAUAAUAAUUAAGAACUUGUAUACGUCAUUUCAAAUUGAAGUUUCUUCGGAUAAAACAGUUUGCGUGAAGUCGGCGUUGUAUCGACGUCAUCGCAGAUCGAUAGCUCUACCCACGUUGGCAGAAUUUGUGCGUGCGGUGUGCGCUAGUCUGCCGACGGCGUCCGUUCGUAGGAAAGAGAGGCGACAUUGUGAAGAAGCCCUUUGUCAAAUUAAAGGAAACGCAAGUUGGUUGAGAAAGAAACGGUUAUCUACCAAGGAAAAGAAUCGUUAAGAAAUCAAAGAGUAAACAGGCUGAUAGUUCGGCAUCGUUUCGGUUUCUUUGACCUCUUGAACUCCCCGCGGGUUUUUUCUUUCCCGCGAGGUGAAUAACAGUGGUACAUAGGCCAAACCCCUGACCCCUCCUCGGAAGCUUCGCGCCUCGGCGCCUAGGCCAUAUCAAAAGGAAGGAGAAAGAAAUUGCGGAAGCGGGGAGGUUAAGAGGACGGCACGAAAGGGAGAACGCGCCGUCCAUCACCAUGAAGCUCGUUGACCACGUGGUGAGGAGCUUCAAGGUGGCCAAGGUUUUCCGUGAAAAUUCCGACCGCAUAAAUAGCAUCGACUUUUCACCGAACGGGGACACUUUGAUCUCCUGCUCGGAGGAUGACCAGAUCGUGAUAUAUGACUGUGAAAAGGGCACUCAGGUGCGUACAGUCAAUUCCAAGAAGUAUGGUGUUGAUCUAAUACAUUUUACCCAUGCAAAGAACACCGCAAUACAUAGCAGUACUAAAAUUGAUGACACAAUACGUUAUCUAAGUCUGCACGACAACAAGUAUAUCAGAUAUUUCCCAGGUCACAGCAAGAAAGUUGUAUCGUUAUGUAUCAGUCCUAUUGAAGAUACAUUUCUGUCUGGUUCUUUAGAUAAAUCAUUAAGACUAUGGGAUUUACGUUCACCAAAUUGUCACGGUGUGAUGAACGUUUCCGGACGUCCAGUUGCUGCAUACGAUCCUGAAGGUCUGAUUUUUGCUGCGGGCGUUAAUUCAGAGUUCUUAAAAUUAUACGAUUUGCGCAGUUUUGACAAAGGACCAUUUGUUACAUUUAAAUUGUCUCAAGAAAAGGAAUGUGAUUGGACAGGAUUAAAGUUCAGCAGAGAUGGUAAAACCAUUUUGAUUUCUACAAAUGGUAGCACGAUUCGUUUGAUCGAUGCAUUUCAUGGUACUCCAUUACAAACAUUUGCUGGUUACUUAAACAAUAAAGGAAUCGCAAUUGAAGCCAGUUUCAGUCCUGACUCACAGUUUGUAUUUAGUGGAUCUACAGAUGGCAGAGUGCACGUAUGGAACGCUGAAACUGGAUACAAAGUUUGCGUGCUCAAUGGAGAUCAUCCAGCACCUGUUCAGUGUAUUCAAUUUAAUCCAAAAUAUAUGAUGUUAGCUUCUGCCUGUACCAACAUGGCAUUUUGGUUACCUACCGUAGACGAAAGUGCAUAAAAUCGACGCACCAGACACUGGGCAAUGCUCGCAAGAUUUUACCUAAUUGUGUGCAAGAAGGAACUGAAAAUGAUAUCGGUUCGAGGAAGAAACAAUAACGGACAAUUCUUGGGUGUCUUACACGAGCAGAAAUUGCAUUUACAUUACGUUCAAAGUAAAGUAGCCGACGUAUGAGACGCCGGUAUUGGAAUGAACCCAAGAAGCAGAAAAAAUUGCUGCAAUAUCUAGGAGGAUCGGCCCGCUUGGCUCGUUUUCAGUAUGUCAUACAUUGUUUAUGUAUUUUUGCCAUCUUCGUUAUCUUCGUCGUCGUGUACUCUAUGGCGCGAUGAACGUGACCAUUAUAAUACCUUGUCAAUAUUUAAAGAAAUGUGAUACAACAUCAACUCUCUUUUUUAAAGUAUAAUACAAAGAUUGCUAAUAUUUGGAUACAUCAUCCUGUGUACAUAAUUCCUUCUUGUGUACCUGUAUGUAGUAUAAUGAUACAGAAUUUAUGUACUGUACACUAUAAAAAACACUGUGAGUUGUAUAUCACCGAUUAACUUUCUAGCAGUUAAUCACUUUACACAUGCAUUUCUUUACAAACUUUAUCAUCGGUCAUUUUUUAACAAAGUCCGAAACUCUGUAUGUCUUGGUUUAUUGCACCAAAAAGUUGAUGUGUAGUACGGUAACGUGAAAAAUCAUAUAUGUUUAUAUACACUUUCUCAAUGUUUCAGAAUGUUUUUGUCACAUAAUUGUAUUUUCGAAAUGAGUUUACAGCACAAAGAAAUGAGAAGCGGGAAACGAAAAACUGGUAUUUAAAAAAGAAAAAAAGAAGUACUGUAGUCGCUGAUAUCGCGCAUGGAGAAACUGUUAUAAUUAUAUUGCAUUAAUGCAUAUUAAGUAAUUGGUUUUGUUAAUUAAAUUCCGCAGUGGCCGUCCGAAAUCAGGGAUAUUUUUUGUUUUUUUUUGUUUUUUUUUGUUUUUUUUUAUUUUUAACAUGAUUAUGAACAGACUUAAAAUUCAAUGAACUGUUAUGAAGCGUAAAAGCGAUAAGUAACGUGGUUAUUUAUUAUACGCAGUAAACAUGUGAAACGUCUUACACUUUGGUCACGGCAGUAAGGUAUCUUGUGUUUCUACGACUUCCAUGCGAUAAAAUAAUAAUUCACAGAAAAUAUACUGCCAACGUUGGCACUUAUGUUGUUGUAUAUGUAUGUAUUAUUCUAAAUAUGGUAUCGUUUAUAAUCUACAUGCGUGGAACCGGCGGGCCGGAUGAGAAAAAAAAGAACAUUUGAUGAUUGUAGGAAGUGCAGUUAAAUCUAAUCAUCUCACAUAGUAGUUCGGUAAAUUUUAACUCAUCUUAUUAAGCAAACAGGUGCUUUCGAAUAGACAGGCAUCGCGUAUGUUUCAUUGAUAACAAAAAAUUCGGCAAUCUAUCUUUUUUACAUAUUACAUAUUGCAUUGUCCGUUUAGUAAUGGAUUGUCGAAAUUGUAUCAUUUGCUUAAUACUAAAUGCGUAUAAAAAAAAAAAGGCAGAUAGGAUACUACACAAUUUUGUGUAAUUCCACGCUAUGUGUUUAUGUAUAUUCUGUCUGUUCGAUUAUAUAGCCCUGCCUUCAUCAUACAUGUAUGUAUAUAUCAUUAUAUUCACAGUGUCCUUUAGAAUUUCUAGGCAUUUUCCUUAACAUACCAUAUACAAGAGUAGAUGGUUAUAAUAUUCUAUAUGAAAAAGCGUGUAUAUGCAUAACAUGUACGAUUGUGUCACAUAUUUGUUUAUUGUCUAUUAAUUCGACGACGAUGAAUGAAUGAGAGUAUGAGUGCUUUUUCUUUUGUAUAUGGAUGUGUCGCUUGUAUGUACAUUUUCGAGUUCAGCGGGCUCGUAUGCAUUAUACAUGCGCGACGGAUACGCGAGAGUUCGCCUCGUCUUGUAAAAUAGUAUUUUUCUAAAUGGCGAAACAGCGUGUGCAAAUAUCGCGAUCUAUGUUAGACAAACAAAAGGAAUGCAAUUGUUGUUAAGAAUGUUUUGCGACCUAAAAAAAUGAGGAUAAAUUAAACUCGAAGAAAACGGCGAAUUUGAUCAACUAGAUUGAAGUAAGAAGGUGGUAUCAUGGGACAUUGAAAAUUGAAAAUUCAUCUAUAAGUACCAAGAUCCAUGUAUAUAGAUUAAACACUCUAUACAUUAUACUGCCAACUACAAUUCAGAGUAAUACAAACUUCUGUAAACAUGCAAAACUUUGUGUUCCCAUAAGGAUAAAAACUUGUACAUAUACGCUGACAAGUUAGUGAGAUGGAAUUUUUAUCCGAUCGAUAACGGAAGUCGGUCAUCGAUCGAUCAUAUCCGUCGAGUGGUAAGGAUUCUACUCAAAAUUUGUUUGCACAUUUCAAAUAUCAAUCAGGGGCGUAAAUUACUGAUAAUUUGCUUGUUAUCGAGUUGAUUAAAACACCUGCCGUUUUCUCUGCGAAGAAGUAAAAGAAAAAUUUCCGACUUUUUUUUUUUUUUUCAAAUCAUCAGUCUUUAUUGACUACUUGUAUAUUUUAUAUUCCGUCGUCUAUAGUGAAGGUGUUAUAGAAAAUAAAGAAAAAAUGUUAAACGUUUCUCAACGUUCGUUUAUCUUGUAAUGAAUACAAUCGUUUAAAACGAAAGAUAAAUAGUUCCUCUUUCUAAACUAUGCAACAUCUUCAUUUACGCCCCUGUCUCGAUCGUUGAUACGUACGGCUACUUAACAUGGGGAUUUAGAAUUGAUUUAUGAUUAGAUGUCUUAAAUAAUUGAUUAUAUUUCAUAGAUGAUUAUGAAAAUAUGUUUAGAUAAUUAAUUAUUUAUUACUGAUAUAAUUCACAUUUAUGUUUCCCCGUGACGUUACUAAGUUCCUACGUUAAGUUUUCGUACCGAAUUAUCGUCGAGUAUUUGUAGGCGAAACGUAUUCACGUUCAGUACUACUUUUUAAGUAAAUUUCAAAUCUUUCUGCGCAAGAUAAAAAUCAAUUCGUAACAAUAUAACAUGUGUAGUUGCUUAGAGAACUAGGACCAUACGAAAAACCAAAAGUUAUCGUUCAAUUUAGAAUGAUUUAGAGUACACAUACUUUUAACGUUAUAUUUUAUCAAUAAACGUUCUAAUUUAUAAACAUAAUUAAAAUCGUUAGGUUUUCCUCAUUUUUCUUUGUAAGUUAUACAAUUAUGUUUAUGAUUUUGCAAACACAUCUGUGUUCUAGUUCGCUAAGUCGAAAUGAUCAUAACGCAGUGGAAAAAAUAAUGUCUUCUUCUAUUAACGAUUAAAUGUAACAACAUAUCAACAUAUUCAUUAGGAAACAUUUGUUGAAUGAAAUUUUAUUUAUGUAUAUUCCUUAAGAAAAAAAAAAGAUGCGUUUAAAUGAUCCCUAACGGUAAUGUAAUCAAUUGAAUUACUUGUUGCGCAGAUUAAAUUUUUAUUUUCCUCUAAAAGUACUAAUAGGGCGCAUGAGAUUUUACUAAAAGAAAAAGAUUCUAAUAAAACACUUUUUUUGUACGUUAAAA